AUGGGACCAGCAGAGACUCCCUCUUCGCCCGCCUUCCCUACCCUGGACCCUAUCAUUAUGGACGACGAGAUGGAGUCCACCUUCCGCAACGCCAACUUGGACUUUCUCGACCCAUCCAAACUCGAUAUGCCUUCCGAGUCCGCUGGAGGAGAUUUUGACGAUUUGUUCUCCCAUGUCACCCACUCCCGCUCUCACGCGGCCCCAGAAUCCUCGAAACGCUAUCGCGACCAACACCCCCUGAGACAACAGCCGGUCUUGACGGCCGAUUCCCCGGCAGAGUCGCCCGAUAACUCGAGUCGCAGUUCGUCGUCGGAAUCUCCGCGAAAUCACUUGCGCCACGCCUCGAUCGCAUCUACCAACUCCGCCGCUCAUAGCGAAAACCCUCUGGUAUCUACAGGAUUUGUAUCCGAAGACUGGAUGCGCCCCGAUCUUUCGUCCGUCAAGGAAGAGUCGCCAUUCACGAUAGAUCCGUCAUACCCCAUGGAUGGUGGUGUUUCCUUGGAUCACCCAGACCUGGAGUUCAGCAACAAGGCCAUGGAUGCCGCGUUCGACUUUGAGAGUGCAGCAAGCAGCCCCAGUCCUUUGAAGACGGAGAACCCGCCACAACUAAACGUGCGAAAGAAGUCAAAACAACAAAUCUGGAGUCCCUCGAAUACUUCGGCUGUGCCGCCAUCAAAUGAUGUACGGAGCGCAUCUUCGGCUUCUCAGGGCGGAUCCCGGUUCUACCCCUUCGGAUACAAGGAACAGUCUCCUUUUGGAGGUCAAUUCACCAAUGGCACCGACAGACUGUCUGCACCCCAAUGGGCCGGUCAAUCUCCGUCAUCACUGUUGGAGGAAAGCUUCGGGGGCAUCAACAUGAACGGACAGUCCCCGAUGAAUGCUUCCAUGUCGCCCAACAUGAACUUCGGCUCGCCCAGCGCGUUCCCAUUCUCGGUCAAUUUUGCGUCUUCCCCGGCUCAGCCCCAGAUGGAUGCCGCUAGCUCGACCCAGCCCGUAUUGACCGUCCACCCAACCUCCCUCAAAUCGCGUGUCGAAACUCAGAUCCCGAUUCGAUUGACGCUCUCUCCGCUGCCGGCCGGCGUAAAGAAUGCAAUGCAAGACCGAGACAAGCUGAAACGGGCAUUUGCACGGACACGAGGCGAAAGAAACCCGGGCGCAAACGGAACGGAGGAAGAGCGACCAUUGGAUGGCGGAGAUGUAAAGAUUUGCACCGGCUGUAUUCAACGAGAGCGGAAGCGUGCUUCUCGGAAGAAGCAACGAAAGCCCGAGGAGGAUGAGCUCUUCCAGAAAGAUGAGGAGAAGCGUGUCAUUGUAUUCAACACGAGCGAGAUCAAAGAGUGGACUGAGCCACCCAAGGCCGCUGCUGCUGGUUACGGUGAAAUGCCUCCGGCUCCUGCGGGAUCAAUGCAAGUUGAACUACCAAUGCGAAUUGCUUGCUACUGUCGACACCAGAACGAGAAGCUCGGAUUCCAGGUCAUCUUUACUGUCAAAGAUCAUUUGGACAACGUUGUGGCGCAGGCGAUCACCAACUCCAUCAUGAUCACGGAUGACCACAAGACACAAGCACCUUCCGCCCCGCCACCAGCUGGCCCUUCAGCCUCUCUACCGGAUGGAACUCAGAUGCCGGGUGUCGGGGUCUUCGCCUCGGGCGAUAAUGGCAAGGCAAAUGGUGCAUUCGCCUCUCCCCAGUCACCUACAGACCUUCAAGGCCUGCAGCAAAGAUUCAAUUCCCAGUAUCAACUUACGCCCAGCUCUUUUGCUGGUGGUCAAGGUGUCACUAAUAGCGUACACUCGAACUCGCAAACACCGCGAAACCUGUCUCGCCAGGCGUCGCCUACGGACUUCCAAGGCCCGCAGACUAAGCGACGGAAGCACAGCAGCUCUGGCCGACUUCCCUCGGAGUUGACGAUGACCCGAAUGGAGACUCCUCCAUCAUCUAACUCGGCUAUGAGUAAUGCUGCGCAGCUUGCAGCUGCUCGUGGCUUUGCCUCGCCCACUGAGCGGCCAUUUGUGACCCCCUCGUCGAUGUCUGGGCAGUACGGAAACGGGCCCCCUACGCCGAACCAGAACAAUGACAACAACAACCCCUUCUUCAACCCGACGCCUGCUCAACGACAGAGUUUGGAUAGUCUGGCACAGCAGAACAUGGUGUCCGCACCCAACUCCGCUCAGCCCAGCCGUCCGGGAACUCCAGGCACAUCUGGUCGUAAUGCCUUCCAGGAUCAGAAUCUUGCGCUUGCGCUCGGUGCUACAACUGCCAACCAGAUCUGGCCUUCCCUUGCAACUACACCUAACAGACUGCCUUCUGUCAUUCACAAAUUGGUGCCUGCCGAGGGUUCAAUCACUGGAGGUACAGAAGUUACGUUGUUGGGAAGUGGUUUCUACCCCGGCAUGGAGGUGGUCUUUGGCGAUACAUUGGCAACUACUACAACCUUCUGGGGUGACAAGUGCCUCAACUGUCUCACUCCUCCUGCUCUCCAGCCAGGAUUGGUAUCGGUGGUCUUUAAGCACGAGCAUCCUACUUUUGGACAAGUGCAGCAGCCUCAACCGCUCAUGCCUAAGCAGCAACUGUUCUUCCGAUAUGUCGAUGAUCGGGAGCUUCAGAUGUAUCGUUUGGCUCUCAACAUUCUUGGACAGAAGCUGGGUAGCCAAGCCGAUGCUUUCCAAACUGCUCAGCAGAUUAUGGGAAGCGACCCGAAUGCUAUCUUCAAUAUGCAGAAGGACAUGCAAGGAGGUGGUUCGUCUGGCAGUCACCAACGCCAGGUGCCCGGACAUGAGACUCAAGGCAAGCUUAGCGAUCUGGACUCCAAGAUGCUGACCUAUCUUGAGUACAUUGACCUGGAUGACAAUCCCCGGCCUCCACGCUACAACUCUCGUAGCGCCACCGGCCAGUCCCUUCUUCAUUUCGCGGCCUCCUUGGGUCUGACUCGAUUCGUCGCCGGGCUGCUGGCUCGUGGUGCCAAUCCCGAUGUGCAGGACAACAUUGGCAACGUGCCUAUGCAUCUAGCUGCCCUUCACGGCCAUGCUCACAUCGUUAACCGACUCCGCCUGGCCGGUGCCAACGCCAAUGCUCGCAGUGUGCGUGGUUUCACCCCUGCCGACUUAGCGACAACUCUCCCUGCCCACCAGGCUGCUCUGCUUCCAUCUCGCCACUACCGCUCCCGCAGCGUUGGAUCUCUCACGUCCCGUCGGAGACACAGCAGCUCUGCUUCACUCAAUUCACUUUGGGAGGCGUCAUCGGCAUCUGGCUCCUUGGGCCAUGCUGUCGAUGAUUCGGAGGAGCUGGAUGAUAGUGAAGACAUUGAUAGCGAUGAUUCCGAGGCUCCCCUGUUCCUCAGCGCCUCCCGGCGGUCAAGCAUGCACCAAGAUGUAAUCCCACCCGUUGUGGACGCUGGCGAGCAGCGUGCUGCCCCUGAUGUUCGCGGGUUCUCCACGGCAGCAAUCGUUGCCUGGCGUAACCACCUCGCAGGGCAGAUCAACCAGUUCCAGCAGAGCGUGGCUAAUGCCUUCCCCAACAUUCCUGCGUUGCCACCCAUGCCUGCUAUGCCUACUAUGCCUACUAUGCCCACCAUGCCUGCUAUGCCCGCUAUGCCGGACUACCAGGCCAAUCAAAUGAUGCGUCGCAUCACAAACCUCGUACCUCAUCGACCUGCAGCUCGGGACGGAUGGUGGAAUUUGCUGAACGGCAACACCGCCGUUCAAAAUCAAAACCAGCCGCCUUCCUACGAUGAAUUGUAUCCGCACCAGCAGGACGAUGCAGAUGCGACCGAGCUCAAGAAAUCAUCUCUCUUGCGUGCUGCGACGGAGGCCGCCGUGGAUCAACACUUUGAGACACAAAGCAGCCCUCCUUCUGCGUCUACGUCAGCAGCGGUUGCUACCAUCGAGCGCAGCACUGACGUAGUGAAGGAUGAUCUCAAGGAUAUUACCAUCGGAAGCAAGCUUCUUUCGCGAGAACAACAGAAGCAUCUCCGAGAGCACCAGGCCCGCCGAAUGAAGGGCCUCGGCAGCGACCGGAACCUCUACUUUAUUUGGAUUCCUCUUCUGCUUCUAGUUAUUUGUGCUUGGAUUCGGAAUUACGUGCCCGGGAUCUGGCAAGGCGUCACGGACAGCUAUGACUUUGUGAAAGCUCGCUACACACAGCGGGCUGUGGGAUUGGGCAUUUAG